GUCGGUGGCGUGCUACGUUGGUGUGACCUUUUCGGCGGACGUCGUGGUGGAUGUGGGGUCGAUGUCAGGGAGCACGCGCAACGUGACGCUGGCGAACUGCACGUUUGUGGACGGAGCGAGCCUGUAUGUUGUUGGGUGGCUGUCCGACCCGCCUGCUGGCGAGCGUGCCGAUGUGUUGAUCAGCGGGCUUGAGUCGCGCUCCGGCGGCGGCGUGCUGGUGGCGAACCGAUUUCCGCCGGGCUCACGCGUCACUGUGGUGGACUCGGUGCUGAUCGCAGAGAAGCGUGUUGCGUACCGUAACGCCUACGACCUUGGCGACGCCUCCGCGUGCCUCGUGGUGCACAGCGUGAAUCUGACGGGGAGCGUGCUGACCAUCGCGCGCACGCACGUGGCGGCGGUGUUCCGUGAGGCUGUUGGCGUGUUGGUGGUUGGCGGCGUGGUGCUUCAGUCGCGCGGUGCGCUGUACGUGGACGGGCUUUUUGUGCAGACGGCGCUGGGGCUGUGCGUGUCGGUGGAGGGCGGCGUUGCGGCCAGCAGCGGCUCCGUUGUGGCGUUUGUUGACAGCGACUUCCUGCUGUGCAAGCACGCGGUGUCCGUGCGUGGGGCUGUGAGCGUGUCGGGCUCCGCUGUGGCGCUUGUGCGGAGCGACUUUUCGUCGACGGAGGACUACGCGGUGGCGUUCUAUUCGACGGUGAGCCUGGCUGGCGGGUCGAUGCUUCUGGCGAAGGGCAACGUGCACGAAGGUGUUUCGAGGGAGAUGCUCCACGCGGCUGGUGCCGUGACCGCUGUUGGGGGCACGUUGAGCUUUGUGCGCAACCGAGCGCUGCUGCCGCGGAUGCUGUCGAUGAGCCUGUCGCUCUCGGCUGGGGCGCAUUUGAGGGUGGCGUGCAACAUCGCUGGCGGAACUGUCCUGUCGACGGCGGAGGAGUACGCUGCGGCCGGUUUUGGCGACGCUGGGAGCAUCGACGUUGCUGGGUGCGACGCCUGCGACAGGGACACUUACUGCUACGCGCCCGAGACGUCGUCGGCGAGCAUGAAGGACGGUGUGUGCGUGUGCGCGUGCGGCAGCGGCGGGUACGGCGAGGCGUGUGUGCCUGUGGGAGCUCCCGCACUGCCGUCCGCUGUGGGCACUGCGUCGAGUGUGUUUGUCCGCGAGGGCGUGACGGUGCGGUCGGUGUUCGUUGUGCCUGCCGGCGCGAGCGAGGUGACGCUGCGCCACGUUGUGCUGGACGGCGUGAGUCCGGUGCUCUACGUGCCGUGGAUGGCGCGGGACGGCGUGCGGAUCGUUGUGCAGAACGUGUCGCUGCAGAACGGCGCCGUGCUGUACGUGAUGGGCGUUGGAGCGUUGCGCGGUGCGGGUGCGGCGGGGAGCGACGAGAGCGGGCCGGUGGAGCUGUCCGUGUGCGAUGUGGAGGCGCUGAACGGUGCGCUUGUGCUGACCGGCACGUUUCCCGCGGGGUCUGUGCUGACGGUGACGGACUCCCUGCUGGUUGCCGCGAGGUCUACGCCGCUUCUGUAUCUUCUCGGCUCGCAGUCUUUGCCGUACGCACCGGUGCUGGUGCUGUCGGGCCUGCGGCUCGUGCGGUCCGUGCUGGUUGUGUCCGGCGUGGCCCUCGUGACCGUGCUGACUGGUGGGCGGACGGUGGUGGUGGACGGCGCCGUACUGGAGCUUGUCGGUGGCGGUGUCGCGCUGGACGCGGCUUUGCUCGGUGGCGAAUAUGCGUUGUACGCGAGUGCGCGCGUGGUUGCGUCGGGGGGCGCUGUGCUGCGUGUGUCGGGGAGUCAGGUGUACGCCGCGCAUGGGUUGGUGUUCGACAGCGGGGUGGAGGCUAACGCGUCCGCCGUCGUAGUGAACGACAACGCCGGUGCGCUGACCGAUGGCGCGCUGCUGGUGCUGCGGGGGUCGGCGUCGUUUGCUUCCGGGUCGUGGCUGUCGGUGCGCGGCAACAGCAUCAGCGGCAGGCUCCUGUCGGUGCCGUCGUACCCGCGCCGUGCAAAACUUGUGGAGAGCACGCUGACGCUCCACGGGAACGCUGGCAGCGGACCCGUCGUGAUGGACGGCACCGUUGUGCUUGGGGGCGCCGGCGGGAAGCUCGUUGUGGGGUGUCUGACGCUCAACGGGGAGGCGCUGCAGCCGAUGGACUACAGAUCCGCCGGCGUCAUCGGGGAAUUCCGCCCCGUGGCGUGUGGCGUGUGCGACGCCGACGUGAACUGCUUUGCAGCUGCGACGAGGGCGAUGUCGGGGUCGUGCCGCUGCCGCUGUGCUGAGGGCGGGUACGGGCGCGACUGCCUGCCGGUGUACCUGCCGCACGUGGACGGGUGCAACCGCACGCCUGCCCCGCCGCUGCUGAGCCACACGGCAACGCUGACGGCGACGCGCAGCCUGACGCCAACGUGGACGCCGAGCCCAAGCGCGACGCAGUACUGGCCAACGCGGCAUGGGCCGACGGAGACCCAGCGGGUGACGGAGACGGUGGAGCUGCCGCCCACGCGGACCCCGACGGCGUCGGUGAGUAGCACGCUGUGGUGGAGCGA